AUGAAGUUGUUUGUCGUCGUAUUACUAUGUGUGAGUAACAUCCAAGCAGCUCCACCGCCCGCGGCCGUCGCCGAAACGGCUGAUCUGGCCGUGAACAUGAAGAAGUUCCAAGAAGGUAAGAUACAACGCGGUGUUUGUAAAUUACAUUUUUAAGUCUACAGCCUGGCUACACAGUUGAUGAAUCUCGGAGGGAACAUCUUGAACAAUGCUAAUGGAGGAACCGGUUCCUCUUCGGCGCCAUCUUCUUCAAGGCUUUCUAGCAUCUCCAGCGAUUACUCAUCUUCUUCGGGUAACGGGAUUCUGGGCGAGGUGGUCAGGCCGCAGUUCAGAGGUAGGUGCACAUGUUUAUGGUGAUCGUAAUUUUAUUUUUUAUUUAUUUACAGUACACUUUAAACGUGUACUUUUGUCUAUUUUUUAUUGUAGCUUUGUUGACAUAGUUUUUGAAGGUCGUAGCAUAUUUACUUUGUGAUUUCAGGCGUUUCCAACUACGAACCAUCAGCUGAGAGAUCCAACUUUGGAUCAGGAGGCCUUUCCGAAUAUGGAGGAGGUCUUCUGGGGGCCGGAAGCAAGUCUCAGCCACGGUCCAUUAUGGAUACACUAUUGGGCAGUUUCUUGGGUAAGAUUCCAGCGCUAAAUUGAUAGCUUAAAGUUAAACUCAUCGCAGAAAAACACUAAUAGUUGACAGGAAACAUAAACUUUGGCUCCGAUUAGUAAAAACGUUUCUUACAGGAUCAUCCUUAGGAUCCGGCUCUGGAUCGUCUUCCUCAUCUGGAGCCGCCUCCAUCUUCCAGCCGUCGUACGAAGAGUACGGUGAGUCUAACUCCAAGUUCGGUGGCCCUAAGGGAUCUAACAUCGAAGCCAUUGUGGACGCCCUAUCCAGGGGUGGGGCCAAGCGAGCCACGCCCGAGCCAGACGCUGGACUAAACGCCGGAUCUCUGAUUAGCCAGUUCUUCGGUGGCGGUCGAUAA